GGUUUACGACACUUCCGGUAGGAACCACUUGUGUUGUCAGCCUCGGUCGACUCCCAGCGGCGCACACGCUGACGUCAUCAUGGCCGCGGAGUGCGAUUUGAUGUCUGAGAUCGAGGUGCUGCAGUCGAUCUACCUGGACGAGCUGCAGGUGAACAGGAGGGAGGACGGGUGCUGGCAGGUGAGCCUGGUCCUGUACCCGUCCACGGCCCAGGACUCCUUCUCUCAGUUCGUCCGACUCACCCUGAGUCUGACCCUGGAUCAGCAGUAUCCGUCGUCUGCUCCCGUCAUCUCCAUUCAUAAUCCCAGAGGACUUUCUGACGACAAGCUCAGCAGUGUCCGAAAGUGUCUCCAGUCGGAGGCUCAGUCCAGUCUAGGUUCACCGGUGUUGUAUCAGCUCAUCGAGAAAGCAAAAGAAAUCCUGACUGAAAGUAACAUUCCUCAUGGAAACUGUGUCAUCUGCCUCUACGGAUUCAAGGAGGGAGAGACGUUCACCAAGACGAGCUGCUACCACUACUUCCACUCGCACUGCCUCGGUCGCUACGCCCGCCACUCGGAGCAGGAGCUCCGUCAGAGGGAGAAGGAGCUAGAGGAGGACAAGACCAGAGACUGGACGCACUCUCAGGAGCUGAUGGCCGUGGUGUGUCCCGUGUGUCGGGAGGCUCUGUCGUACGACGUGGAUCAGCUGCUGUCGUCUCCUGCGCCUCAGCUGCCGGAGCUCGAUGAAUCGACGAUCGGUUCGAAGUUUCAGCAGAAGUGGGUCGAGCUCCGGAAGCUUCUGGAAAGGCAGCGGUCCAGAGGUGGGAUCAUCGACCCAGAGCUGGAGUCAAAUCGCUUCCUCAUCCACAUCAACGAGGCUCCGUCCGUCACUGAGAACGAGAACCUGGACGUAGACGACGUCUCCUCUGGACCUCCGGUGCCGUCUGCUCCUGCUCACGUUAUGUCCGACAGAGCCGGUGGAGGAGCGGGUCCAUUUGUUCUGGGACCGUCCCACUGCAGAGGCAGCGGUCAGGGCCGGAGGCGUCAGCAUCAGGCUAGGGGCCCGUGGAGAGGAGGCCGGUCCAGACCUCAACGCGGACGAGCUGCCGUCGUCACAGAGCAGCUGCACAAACUCUCUCUGUCCUCAGGCUGCUCCGAACGACCCGCGGAGGUCCGGGCCCCGGGCGAUGUGGCGCUAGGCCGGGAAGCGGAGCACCUAGAGGAGCAGAUUCCUCCAGACGGUCGACCGCUGUACAAGUCCGGUUUGGAAACGGACGGGUCCAGAGAAGCGGCGGACUCCGCAGGCGACCACAGUCACCAUGGAAGGAGACGGGGAUAUCAGCGACCCGUCCCACACGGCGGAGGCCCCGGGGCCACCGGGAGAUACCAUUGGGACGGGCGCUCAUCGAGAAGCAGAGGAGGAGGAGGGGCCGGUAACUUCUACAGCAGAGGAGCUGGGCCGCACCGGGCUCACGGCGGCGGCUUCCAGCAGAAGGUGGUGGAGAGGGAAAGGGGAAGGGAGGAGGUGCUAUGACGAAGGGCGACAGGAGGGCCGACGAACAAACGCACGUGUGCCUCCAUUUUGAGUUUGCUUAGAUUCAACAACCUCCUCCACCGUCGUCGUGUCGCCUCCACCACCCGUACGUCGGCCUCGUCCUGCUUCACGCUCUCUGACGUCUCACACCGACGGUUGUUGUUUCUCCUUGUGAUGCAAAACAAUAAAAACUGGAAAGAACCACAAAUAAUUUUUUCCUCUAGAUGUCA